GGGUCACCACUUCCGUCAACAAAAGGAGUCCCGCCCUCGGGUUCCAGCGACAGGGGCAGCCUUAAAGGAGUCUUCUCGGUCUCUCAAGACCACGCCGGCCACGGAUUAAUCACUUUCUCUCUUGUUGCAGCUCCUACUCGGUUCCCCGCCGGCGAGGAUGUGCACAGUCCCGAAACGGCGAUCGCUAAACCCUGACCACUGGCGCCGUGAUGGGAAGAGGGAAGCCCUCAUUGAACAAAUUCAACAGGAUCUAGCCAGGUGGGACAAGAUCACUGCCCUCAAUGUUCACAUGACUGAGAUCGAGAAUUCAGCCAAAUUCAAGACUGCCAGGGAGCAGGUCAAGAGGAUUAACGAGGAGAUGAAGUUGGCAGCAAAGGCAGUCCUCCUUAUGCGCCAGGCAGCGUUACGGGAAUUGUUCCAGUCUGAAAACAAGCAGUACCUGGACGAACUGCAUUUGAAGGGAAAGACGAUCUAUAAAGAGCGACUCUAGAGCCCAAAAAUCCCAGGGUAAAGGCACACGUCAGAAAAUGCUGAAAAUCUCUGGGGAAAAGUGCUUUUAUGUAUUGUUUUCACCAUAUGUUAAUGUGAAGAGUGAACAGUAAAUGGUUAAUCUUACUGCGAUCUGGUUCUUAUUAACUGGUUUAUCUCGACGUUAAAUUCGACGUUAUCAGUUACACGCGAAGGAGAACGUUACAGUGAAAAAGCGGCAUUAUCAGGUGUUUCAAGUGCUGCAAUGUCAGCUCGAUCCGGGAUCAAGUCGAUGGCGCCCAGCGACAAGGGCGGUAGAACGACAUCAAGUAAGUCCACACAGGCAAGAGCCAAGGCAGAAGCCGCCAAGGUGCGACUGCGUUACGCCAAACAAGAAGCAGUUUUGAAAAUGAAACAGGCCACCAGAGAAGCCGAAAUCCAGAAAGAAAAGGCUGCCAGAGAAGCCGAAGCGGCCGCCCGAGAAGCCGAAAUCCAGAAAGAAAAGUCUGCCAGAGAAGCCGAAGCGGCUGCCGGAGAAGCCGAAAUCCAGAAAGAAAAGGCUGCCAGAGAAGCCGAAGCGGCCGCCCGAGAAGCCGAAAUCCAGAAAGAAAAGGCUGCCAGAGAAGCCGAAAUCCAGAAAGAAAAGGCUGCCAGACAAAGGAAAGCGGCCGCCCGAGAAGCCGAAAUCCAGUUGGAAAUGGCAAAAAUAUCGACAGAGUUGCAAGUGCUGCAGCUAGAAAGAGAAGAAGAAGCUGCCAUGGCGGAAGCAAAGUACAUAGAAGAAGCUGAAGGGUCGCGUGAUCUGACCGCAGUAAGAUCUACUUUAGAAAGGACCAGACUGGAACGCACAAGCGACUAUGUACAAUCUCAAAUAGACAGGCAGGCUCGUCUCCCCUCUCCAUACGUAUUCGAUAACUUCCCCAGCUACGAGGAACCUCAGAGAGUCACGAUUGCAUCACAUCCAUACGAGGAAGGAAAUUUACCCUCACGGCUCCAUGAUGAAGUCAAGAAUGAAAGAACCGACAACGCUCCUUCACCCCCACAACAGGACAGCGGGGAGGGAGAGGUUCACUCCAGGACAACAAUUGUCAGCUCGAACUGUACAGAAGUUUGCGGUCAAACUCAGUCAAGCCGUUCUUGUUCCAAGAUCUGCCUCACUGAGGUGUACCCUAAAGAAGCACAACAAGACAUUACCAAGCGUAAAGUAACCGACGAGACGCUAGGUCAGUCAGUUUUCGUUCAAACCGAGCACGGAAACAAACUUGCACAAUCAGCUCAAGAUACCAUUUCUUUAAAACCCAAAGACACCAAGGUCUUCAGAGAUGAAGCAAAUAAUGGGGUUGCCCCAUUACCCUUCAGAGAACCACGCCAGCGGUUGCCAAAUAACAAAGAGCAGGCAGUCAAACGGUUCACGUCCUUACGGAAAACCCAGAAAAGGAAACCUGAGAUGCAGCAACGCACCCGAUUGGCCCACGAGGUACUGUGCACCCUAAUGGCAGAGGUCACAGCCAUUAUAGACGCACAAUCAUUCCUACCUGUGUCUUCUGACCCAGAAAACCCCUUUAUACUUUUGCCAUCAACGCUCCUUACGCAGAAGGCAGGAGCACCUCCUCUACCAGGAGACUUCUCAGACAAGGAUUUGUACACAAAGCAAUGGAGACAAGUCCAGGCUCUGGCAAAUCAGUUCUGGCCUCGCUGGAGACAAAAAUAUCUACCUUUGUUGCAACAGAGACAAAAGUGGACAGAACCCCACAGGAAUCUUCAAGUUGGAGACUUAGUCCUGCUCAGGGACAAGCAAAUCGCCCGCAACAGCUGGCCAACGGCCAGAAUCACUGCUACAUUCCCUAGCGAGGAUGGACAUGUCAGGAAGAUCGAAUUGAAGACUACCGACCAAGGCGAUGUGAAAAUUUACCAAAGGCCAGUUACAGAAGUUAUUCUACUUCUACCCAAUGACUGAUUAAGAGACUAAGUUUGUACUCUGCUCAUUGUGACCUUACGAAGGUCAAGCGGGGAGUGUGCUGUCUUUACGACAGUUAUUUAGUUUAUAAUAUUUUUGCUUAGUAAUUCAUUCGAUAGUAUUUUCUAGUUAGAAUUAGAAGUGUUUAAAGUAUAUUCAUUGCGUGUAAAAUAUAUCGGCAUGUGAUGAUGUCACAUCCGGUUUCGCCGCGUCUUGUGGGAAAAUACCGGUUUGAAAUUAGCGCGAGGGUGGGGGCUCACCACGAGGCUCACCUGAGCAGAAGUUGUUUUGCAGGCAUGAGAAAUCACAGUGAGAGCAACGCUGUAAGUUAAUAGAUAAUCGAUAUAUUGAACUAAGAUGUUAAUGCCGAUCCUGUUAGAAGUAACGACGGUCGAUAAUGUUUAUGCUUUCGUUAGUUAAAGAGUCGCGGAUAGUUUGCAUGGAAGUGUAUUUAAAGUAGUCAAUGGAGCAGGUAAACUCUCCCUGUAUACUGCACCUUAGUGUAAUGUAGUUAUAGUCACCUUUGCAAGUAUUUACACUUGAAAUGUGAUAUUAAGGAAGGAACAAAUACUGUAUCAAUCUUGUAUUGUUUUAUCAACAGUUUUCACCAUAUGUUAAUGUGAAGAGUGAACAGUAAAUGGUUAAUCUUACUGCGAUCUGGUUCUUAUUAACUGGUUUAUCUCGACGUUAAAUUCGACGUUAUCAGUUACACGCGAAGG